AUGGCGGGCCAGCAGAGGCAGGAGCCCGGGUGCAUACCCUGCUGCAACUGUUGCGUUUCUGUGCCGCAGGACAAGAUUUACGCCGUGGAGUUCUUCGGGAGUUUCACUAAAUCGAUCGGUUCUGGACUCAAUUUUGUCGGAUUCGACGUCAUGGGUUGUUGUAUCACCUUCCGCUCCAUCACCAAGCGCGUCGAGCAGAACGACGUGUUCGUCGAGACCAAGACUAAAGACAACGUGUUCGUUCUAGUCAAAGGUCGGCGGAUUCCAGAACAAGCCGAGUCGGCCAUGUAUAAGCUCGCCAACGUCAGCGGACAGAUCGAUUCGUAUGUCUCCGAUGUGGUGCGGUCGUCCGUGCCGAAGAUGCUCUUGGACGAGGCAUUUGAGGAGAAGGACCGAAUUUCUGCCGCUGUCAACGAAACCCUAACACGACAAAUGCACGAGUACGGCUUCCAGAUCAUCAAGGCCCUUGUCACAGAGCUGAAGCCCAGCCAGGAAGUGAUGCAGUCCAUGAACGAGAUCAAUAAGCAGAAACGCCUCCGCGAUGCAGCAAUGAUGGCCGCCGAGGCAGAGAAGAUCCGAGUGGUGAAGAAGGCAGAGGCUGACUGCGAAGCAGCCCGUUUGCAGGGCGAAGGCAUUGCCAAACAGCGCGAGGCCAUCGUAGAAGGUUUGAAGAGGUCUGUCACCUCUGGGACCUCGGAGCAGCUCUCCUCCGAUAAGGUCUCGGAACUGCUUCUUAUCACGCAGUACUUCGAGACGCUGAAGGAGGUUGGAGCAAAUAGCAAAUCCAACUCAGUUUUUAUCCCGCACAGCCCCGCCGCUGGGGUUGCCGACAUCUCUUCCCAGAUCCGCAACGGCAUUAUGCAGGGCUCUCCUGGCCAGAUGCGCAUGUAG